UAGAAUGGUGGGAAAAGAUACAAUUUGGGAAGGAGACUUUACUCUUUAACUUCUGGACUCAUGUGGAUGAGGAGUCCAGGUCAUCCGUCCUUAAAGGCAUUUAGGUAUUUUAUUUCAAGUAUUUUUCCCCUUUUCUGGUGACAUACUACAAUUCAGGACUAAAAUCUCAAAUUUAUUCUUGAUAUUGAUAGCAUUGAUAUUGCACACAAAUCCCAUGGUUACCGUCCAGCACUAAUGGUCGUGUCCUAUUUCCACCUGCAGCUUCCUGACUCUAACUACACAUCGCAUUUCAAAACUCCCACGUUAAAAAAGGCAGCAGUUCAAGUUAUUUUCUCAUUUUCUGUCUUCAACUUUUUUCUUCUUCCCCCAAGAAUAUUUGAGAGUUAAUUUUCUCGAAAGUUCUUUGUAGUGUUCCAGAUAGGAAUCAUCCUAUAAUACUCCAAAUGCAGCGUGUGGUGUGCAUGUUGAAUAAAUAAAAAUGACGAGAUUAGGAACAAUAUCGCUGACGAUCGCGGUGUCCCGUUUUAAUUUAGAGGGCGCCAGCAACACGUCAGUGACGGAGAUUCAGAAGCUGCCUCACCCCGGACCGGGAAUCCCUAAGAGAACCUUGACGCCGCUGAAGUUUCCGGACGGGGCCAGUUUGGAAUUGACCAAAGGAGUCUCCGCCCGGUCGAGCCAGUCUCUCGGUUUUCUCCACGGCUUCUCGAGGAUGAGGAAUUUCUAGGUUUUCUCCUCCUCCGGCAAAUCACGGUCUGCGCCUUCCGCGGCUCUGGGAACAGUGUGAGUGAAGAGACCCAGGAUGGCUCAGGGAUCCGGGGAUCAAAGAGCAGUGGGGAUUGCUGACCCAGAGGAGAGUUCUCCAAACAUGAUCGUCUACUGCAAAAUUGAAGACAUCAUUACAAAGAUGCAAGAUGACAAGACAGGGGGCGUGCCCAUCAGAACAGUCAAGAGCUUUCUCUCCAAAAUCCCCAGUGUCGUCACAGGUACUGACGUUGUGCAGUGGCUUAUGAAGAACCUUUCCAUUGAGGACCCAGUUGAAGCAAUACACUUGGGAAGCCUUAUCGCUGCCCAGGGCUACAUCUUUCCAAUCUCGGACCAUGUUCUCACCAUGAAGGAUGAUGGUACCUUUUAUCGUUUCCAGGCUCCAUACUUCUGGCCUUCGAACUGCUGGGAACCUGAAAACACUGACUAUGCCAUCUAUCUCUGUAAGAGGACAAUGCAGAAUAAAGCGAGGCUGGAACUGGCCGAUUACGAAGCAGAAAACUUAGCAAGACUCCAGAGGGCCUUUGCAAGGAAGUGGGAAUUCAUCUUUAUGCAAGCAGAAGCACAAGUAAAGAUUGACCGGAAAAAGGACAAGACAGAAAGGAAAAUUUUGGAUAGUCAAGAACGAGCCUUUUGGGAUGUCCACAGGCCUGUGCCAGGCUGUGUGAACACAACAGAAAUGGACAUCCGAAAAUGUCGACGUUUGAAGAAUCCACAAAAGGUUAAAAAGUCCGUGUAUGGCGUGACUGAAGAGUCCCAGGCACAGAGCCCAGUGCAUGUACUCAGCCAACCAAUCAGGAAAACAACAAAAGAGGACAUCCGGAAACAGAUAACAUUUUUGAACACACAGAUCGACAGACAUUGUUUGAAAAUGUCCAAAGUGGCUGAAAGCUUAAUUGCCUACACGGAACAAUAUAUGGAAUAUGACCCUUUGAUAACACCAGCUGAGCCAUCCAACCCUUGGAUCAGCGAUGACGUCGCUUUGUGGGACAUAGAGAUGAGCAAAGAGCCCAGCCAACAGCGAGUAAAAAGAUGGGGCUUCUCUUUCGAUGAGAUAUUGAAGGACCAGGUGGGGCGGGACCAGUUUCUACGAUUCCUGGAGUCCGAAUUCAGUUCAGAAAACCUCAGGUUCUGGCUGGCUGUCCAAGAUCUUAAGAAACAACCCCUACAGGAUGUGGCCAAGAGGGUAGAAGAAAUCUGGCAAGAGUUUCUGGCUCCAGGGGCUCCAAGUGCAAUCAACCUGGAUUCUCACAGCUAUGAGAUUACCAGUCAAAAUGUCAAAGAUGGAGGGAGAUAUACAUUUGAAGACGCCCAGGAGCACAUCUACAAGCUGAUGAAGAGUGACAGCUAUGCCCGCUUCCUCCGGUCAAAUGCUUAUCAGGACUUGCUGCUGGCCAAGAAGAAGCCAGAAAGUGAGCAAGGUCGUAGAACUUCCCUAGAAAAGUUCACUCGCAGUGUGGUAAGUUCAGUCGGUUUUCUUCCCUCAACUUUUCUUUUGAUUUUGGUUUUGGUUUUUUCUUUCUUCUUUCUUUCUUUUUUUCCCCCUUUGGUUGUUGUUUCCUUUGGGGUGGGAGGGAGUCCAGUGCUUUCUCCCUUGACUCAGCCCUUUUCUUUUCUUUUGCGAGUGUCUGCAGCUUCUCUUCUAGGGAUGAAAAUGCAAAAAGAGCAAGCGACUCCCUCUGCAGAAGGUGCACACUUGAUUGCCCAGCCUCAGGCCUGGGCAUUUGAUCUUCUGUUUAGGGCUUUGAGGAGGAGGGACUCUGCUGCCCUCGGGGCUGUGCGGUUUGUGCAUCUUCUGCAGCAGCCCAGGGAGAAGCCAUCGAACUAUACCGUGAAAUAAAUUGGCUCAGAACCGUAGCUCAUCGAAAAAAAAAAAAAAGCCAAAUUUCCCUCUGUGAACCCUGGCAGUCACGCCGGUGUAGGUCGUGAGCUAAUGUUGCUGUGUAGGUGGCUUUUGCUGUGUGCAGAAAGCGGCUGUGCUGCAUGGGUCCUGGUGAUGUGGCCUAGCUGGCGUGUGUGUUAGUUGCCUCUGCAUGAAUCCCUUCCAGCCCCCAUCAGCCUCAUGUGCACAGUGUGACAGGGAGAGGAGGGAAGUAGCUGAAUCCCUGCGGCGUCCUGGGUACUCCCCUGGGGGGGGUGGGGAGGGGGGCAAGGUCCUACCGGCCUCCUCAGGCCUUGAUUCUGACAGGCUGGGUAAAGAUGGGCUUCAGAUUCCUACAGGUUCAUGGUAUGCCCCAUCUAGAGAGUGGUAGAGCUCCCCACAGUGGCACAUAAAGACAGCCGUGGCAACAGGCAGGAGUGGGGAGUCCGUGGCUCUUCCCUGGGGUGCAUGGCUGAGACUCUCAACCAUGGUUUGUAGAACAACACAGGCCAAUCCCCUCUUUCGAUGCUGGUCGCCCCAAGAUUUGAAUGUCGAGCUCAGUGCACAAGAAAUACUCAAUCCCACUGAAUCGUGGGGCCGUCCUAUCACAUGAACAUCAAACCAGAGGGAACCAAGAUAGCAACCAGGGAGCAGGGGUCCCACGCAGGGAACAGGCCACAUUCCCUUCCCAAAGGGUGGCAGCCCAUUGAUACUGACUUGCCUUUGUUCCACCUCUAUUGAAGAGGAAAAUCCUUGUAAAACCUGACUACUGUGUGACUGGUAUAUAUAUUUCGUCCUUUCAAGGAAAAGUCUAAGGAUCCUGGGUUGAAAGCAACCUAGUCAUUUACCUGUCAUAGCUAGAUGCAUUUUAAGUGCAUUUAAACAUUAUCUUGAAUUUGCUACAUGUAAACAUCAAAUAACUCUAGUAGGUGGCAAUUAAACAUCGGUAUUCAUCCCUUCCGUUCCUCAGUCUUCCCUCUCUGUGGCCUUUCCUCAUGAGAAAUCAGAACGUGCAGAACACAAGGCCCGUGGGUGCCUCGUCUGUCUUCAUGGCUGGUUUGCCAUGGCCAUGUGGCUCCGCACACCAAGAAGCUGUCAAGGGCUGUCAGAGGCAAGGCCUCUGGGACCUCCUUCGCUCCACGAUGGCCUGAGAGAAGGUAGUGGGAUCCCAUCUCUCUCUGUCUCUUUUGAGGCCUGGUUACUAUGCAGGUAGAGGAUGUUUAGGGAUUUUGCUGACAAGCCAAGAGUGCUUGUGGCUCUCAGGUACAAACUGUAAGCAGAGCCCUGACAGCCCCCCGGGGAGCUCUUCAGGGUGACCGUGCAGGCCGCGGGUGCGAGAGAUGAAGCCUGGUACUUGGACAAAACGUCCAGACAUCUGCAGGCUGUUUUUCCAGAGAAGUGAGUAUCAGGAAAGGCAAGAAUGGUCUCGCCGAAGCUCUGUGAAGAGCGUUUAUUGAUUUCCCUUCAUCCCAGAAGUGGUGUUGGCUUGGGGGUUCUCCAAGGUCUGUCAGCAAAGCAUUUGGAACAAGAAACCACCACGACACCCCUAAGUGUCUGAAGUGCACACAUGGGAGAGCUUCCAGAGAGAGUUUCAGGGCGAGCUGAAGGAGAAAAGUAUCCGAAGCUCCUGAGGGUAUGGAUAAAAGGCCUAAACUGGAAAAAAAAAAAAAAACCUGAGUUCCUAAAUUCUUUGCUGUUCUGUUAUGAACAAGUGACUGUAAUAGGUGAUGCAUUCAGAAUUUGGGGUUCCAGUGGUGGAGAUGUAUUGCCAUCCAUCCAUGCUCUUCAUGCUCUUGGGGUGACACUAUACCCCCACAAGAUGUGGCUAAGUUUGGGGAUGUGGCCCAUGGCUAUAGAAGUUUGGGGAUAUGACCCAUGUGUUGCCUCUCAGAUUACUUAAGGCUGGAACCCAGGAAUCUGGUCUCAACAGCCCAGUGGUCUCAUCAAACAGAACUAACUGACCAACCACUAUGCCUUGCAAUUUGAUAGCCAUUCUCUGAAUACCAUAUGCAUUAAGUACUUGAUUUCUCUAAGAGAAGAUCUACGUGAAUGUUUUAUCUGCUGUAUACUGCAAACUAUAAAACUAAAUGGAGGGCUAGUUCAAUAGCAUUCCCGUGUUGCUGGAAAAGACGUGUAGAACAUGACCCACGUCAUGGGGCUAAUAAUGGAAAUUGGGGAGUGAAGCGGGGCAGCUCACGGACCAAGGACCAAAGACAUGAGGCCAAUUGCCAUUUAGGAUUAAUUGAUGGCAAAAAAAAAAAAAAAAAAAAAAAGUUGAUCCAGGUGAUUGGAUAGCUCAUUCAGCUGGAGGCUUGUCAAGACUGAAUCUGAAUUCAGAAUUUCUCCCCAGAACAUGCCAAUGUCCUUUCUUUUCUUGGUAGAAGAGAAGCACUUGGAAAAAACAAAUUGUUCUUUCCAAGUCUUAUGUCAUGCCAUGACAUAGAGGGAUUAUCUGUUAGGACCACACAUGCCCCCUUUUCCAUGAGAUCCUAAGGAGAUGUUUAAUAUGGUUCAUGGAAGCUUUUAGGGCCAUGUUAGUCUGGGUGCCGAAGGGGCCUGGCACUCCCCAGUCAAUAGAGAAAGUGCUGUGUGAGCUUCUGUUUCCAAUGCAAGCUUCAUUCCAGGUCACUCAGGACUUGGAUAUACAAAGCAAAUGUCUGGGGAUGCUGUACUAAGCAUUCUGUCAUUUUGCAGACUGAGACCACAAACCCUGCUUAUUUGAUAAGGUAGGCCCAGGUUCUGAACUAAACAUGACUAAAGUCCACAGCAGGAUGCAACUAGCCUACAAUGCACGUUCAUCCAAAAUGGAAAACAAGACUCCCUCUGGUGGGCCCAGCCCCACAGACGCCCAGCUGGCCAGGCAAAACACAGGCUGGGUUUCAGCCCCUGUUGAUCCUCACCUGCCCUUGUGCAGUGAAUAACCCACACCACUGUACAUGACCGCCCUUGUCCAAGGAGCCUCAGUUUCAGAAAGAGCUAUAACACAUAGCAGCUUCUCCAGGGCACCCCAUACAUGGCCUCAGGUCAUGUGAUUUGGAGCCUGUCUCUGCCUAAUCCUGCUCACAGGGAAGCUUCCUUUCACAGUAGCUGUCACAUAUGAAAACCACAGUAGGAGAACUCUGGCUAGUCACUGUGGGUUGCCUUUGCUUCACCUUCCAGCUCUUCUUCAGAUUCUUUGAUGGGAAGUCUCAAUCGUUACUGACCAAGAAGAGGAGGUGCCUUCUCUCACUGAAGGCUCUUUCCUGUUGCUUGGUGAUGACCAGCCUGCCACUCUCUGCUGUCUUCCUGGUUUUGCAGUUGACAGAGGACAAUGGGAGCAUGAAGGUGGCCAGAGCUAAAACGUUCACCCUCCCACUGCUUCUUGAGACAGAGUCUCACUCUCCCAGGUUGGAGUGCAGUGGCACAAU